AUGGCCGACCACGACGGCGGCCGCACCGAGGAGGCCAUCACGGCCGGCCCUGAUGCCACAUGUGUGGACACUCCGACAUCGUCCUAUCCACCUGAGACAACCAUAUCCGAAGCAGCGCCCCCAUCGUACGUGUCCACGCCUCGACCCGCAUAUGCGCCAGAUCUUGUUGCGCACUCGACGCCCAACCUGGCCGCCAGCUCGAUGCGCCAUCUGCCCUCGUCCUCAACCUCGACCGACCACACCUGCCGCCCGAGCCUCGACACGACCCACUCAAGCUCGGCCAAGUCGCGCCUCUCGGCGCGCACCCACUUCCUGCUGGUCUUCUCUGCAUUGUGCGUCUCGUCUUUUCUCUCGGCGCUCGAUCUCACCACUGUAUCCACUGCGCUGCCGACCAUCGUCUCGGAUCUGCAAAACGACGCAAUCCGGUUUGGCAAGCAUCACCACCACUCUCCCGUAACCACUUCGACGAGCUCGACCGGCUAUGGGGGCACGUACAUCUGGAUUGGCGCAGCAUACACCGUCGCUGGUAUGGCGAUCUUGCCCAUGACCGGCGGGUUGUGCGAGAUCUGGGGCCGCAAAAGUGUACUCCUCUCCUCGUUGUUCUUCUUUCUCUUUGGCAGCAUCAUCUGCGGCGCGAGCCACAGUCUGGAGAUGAUGAUCGUCGGGAGGGUGUUGCAAGGUGUAGGAGAUGGAGGAAUCAUUUCGCUCGCAGAGAUCAUCGUUGCCGACCUCGUCAGUCUGAGCGAGAGGGGAACGUAUGAAGGCAUUCUGGGCGUCGUCUGGGCGGGCGCCAGUGCGGUGGGCCCACCCAUCGGCGGUGUCUUUUCUCGCAGAGACCACUGGAGGUGGUUGUUCUGGCUCAACGUCCCCGUGACGGUGCUGGCGAUCAUCAUGAUCAGCUGCUUCAUGCACAUGAAGACGCCUCAAGCCGACGUCAGGUCCAAACUCAAGUCGAUGGAUUGGAGCGGCAACGCGCUGCUCAUGCUAGCCACCGUCGGGUUAGGUCUGUCGCUCACCUGGGGCGGGGCGCGGUACGGGUGGAUGAGCGCACCGGUGCUCAUCCCGCUCGUCCUGUCAGUGCUGCUCUUUGUCGCGUUCUUCUACCUCGAGCUGUUCAAAUUGCGAAACCCGACAGUGCCGAGGGAGCUGCUGUCGAACCGCACCGCCAUCAGCGCCCACCUCACCAGCUUUGCGCACGGCGUCGUCACCAUGGCCAUCAUCUAUGUCAUCCCAACCUACUUCCAGGCGGUCAAGCUGUCGUCCACCAUCAUGUCUGGCUGGAUGGUCCUCCCCUUUAGCUGCACUGUCGCGCUCACCGCCAUUGCAUUCGCAGUGAGCAUUGAGGUGACACAACGCUACCUACCACAGAAUCACCUAGGAUGGUUCUUCACCGUGCUCGGCGUUCCACUUUUGCUGCUGCUUGACGUCGACGCAAAGCCAGUAACGUGGAUCCUGGUGCAGCUGCCCAUCGCCAUUGGAUGCGGAAUCCUGUUCGUCGCGCCCCAGUUCCCGACCUUGGCGUCGGUCGCAGUCGAACUCGCCUCGCGCGCUUUGGCUCUGCAACUCUUCUUCGCCUCGUUCGGCCAGACGCUCGGCAUCAUGCUCGCCGAAGCGGUGUUCCAGUCGUCGGUGCACAAGGCGAUCAAGUCGCCCUCCAUCCAGGCGCUCUCCGCCAACGGAAGUCUGCCGUUCAACAUCGAAGACAUCUCCUCGCCCUAUUCGAUGCAUUUCGGAGCGCUGCGCACACUGGAUCCGGUCGCCAGCCGUGCUGUGAGAGGCGUAUACAGUGGCGCACUGCGACAUGUGUGGCUGCUGUUGAUUCCGUUUGCGGUCGCAGGCUGGGCCAUCUGUUUUGCGAUGAAGGAGCUCGAGAUGCACGACGAGGUGGAUGAGCGGUUUGCUGCAGACGUGCUCGAUGGCGACGCGGUCGAUGGAGAUCGCGAAAAGGGAUUGCUCGUCGAUAGCACAGCAAGCAAGACGAAAGAGCCCACCUGGCGCACAUCCCCAGAGGACAUCACGCCAACCGAGCCGUCAGCGUCAAUGCUGCUCCACCAUAUCGACGGAACCCCCACCACCCAAACCACCGCAACCUCGCACGACUCGCACUACACUCGACAAUAG